AUGGGCGAAAAUGUCACCACCGACUCCGAGGCGUUCGGCGACAAAGCCAACAUGACGCACGACGAGGUUGCGCAGAUCGCGCAGUUGACGGAGGAAGAGAAGGUCAUUGAGAGGCAGCUGCGUCGGCGCAUCGAUAGCUUGAUCAUGCCCCUGGUCAUCCUGGUUUAUCUGAUGAAUUAUAUUGAUCGUAACAACUACGCCGCCGCCAAGCUGCAGGGCCUCGAGGAGGACCUGAAUCUCAAUGACCAGCAGUACCAAACCGGCCUGUCCAUCCUCUUCGUCGCCUACAUCCUCAUGCAGGUCCCCUCCAACCUCCUCCUGAAUUACAUGGGCCGCCCGUCGCUCUAUCUCGGCUUCUUCACCACCGCCUGGGGCUUGGUGUCCACGCUGACCAGCCAGGUCAAGGGAUACGGAGGCAUUGUCGCCUGUCGAUUUAUUCUGGGUCUGGUCGAGGCGCCCUUCUUUUCCGGCGUGUUGUUUUACCUCUCCAAGUGGUAUACGAAGAAGGAGCUGGCUCUGCGCAUGAGUAUCUUUUACUCGGGCUCGCUGCUCAGUGGCGCGUUCGGCAAUCUGAUCGCCGCCGGUAUUCUGAACGGCUUGGACGGCCACCGGGGCAUUUCGGCAUGGCAGUGGCUGUACAUCAUUGAGGGCGUUAUCACCAUCGCCAUCGGCCUGGUCGUGGCCGUCGUGCUUCCCGAUUUCCCCGACACCUGGCGACUGCUGUCGCCCGAGAUGAAGCACGUCGCGAACCGACGACUGGCCAUCGAGGCGGCCGAGGCCGACGUCGACGAGGCCGGCAAGAUGAGCCAGGUGAAAGGGCUGAAGCUGGCGUUCACCGACAUCAAGACCUACGCGCUGGCGCUGGCCCACAUGGCCAUCAACGGCGCCGCCGGCUUCCAGAACUUCUUCCCGACCCUCACCGGGACGCUGGGCUACGGCCAGAUCAUCUCGCUGCUGCUCGUCGCGCCGCCUUACAUCCUCAUGGUCUUCUACAGUCUCACCCAUUCGUACCUGUCCGACCGCUGGGGCUCCCGCUUCUGGUUCUUCGUGUACCCCAUCCCCAUCACCAUCGUCGGCUUCGUCAUCUUCAUGUCCACCGAUGCCUUCGGGCCUCGCUAUUUCUCCAUGUUCCUGAUGAUCUUCGUCUUCGCCCAGAACGGCACCAUCUACUCGUGGGUCGCCAACGCUAUCCCCCGCCCUCCUGCCAAGCGCGCUGCCGCCUAUGCCUUCAUCAACUCGGUCGGGAACUCCGCCAGCAUCUGGACCCCCUUCACCUAUCGCGAGAAGGACGAGCCGUACUACCGACCCGCCAUGGGCGUUUGCAUCGCACUGCAGGUUCUCGGCGCUCUCAUGGCCGUCGUUAUGUAUUUCCAUACGCGGUCGUUGAACAAGCAACUGGCCCGGUUGGAGGACGAGGACGUGGUGUUGACGGAUCGCGAGCUGGCGCGGCUGCAGCGGACUGCGGAAGUCGAGGGCAUCGAUAUUGCGGCGGCGAGACAAUUGCAGAAGGGAUUCCGGUAUAUGAUUUGAUUUGACGAAUUCCCCUCGAACACCCUAUCGGUCGGUAAACCAGAGUUAGAUCCUGCCUAGAACCUUGAUUCCAAUUCAAACGAUGUCAAUGACCUCCCAUGGUUCCUGUCGCCCCUUGAUAUUACCUAAUAGACUGUUUCGCUCAUUCGUGCGCGGUUUGCGCAUGAAAGGGGGAGGGGCGAGUCAUUUGUUAACUCCAUGAAGUCGUGAUGACAUCAGGCUGCGUAGAUG